AUAAUUAAUAUUUUGCUACAACAUUUUGAAGCCUACAUUAUAUACUCCAUUUCAUACAUUUGAACAAUAUAUCAUCUUUACUUGAUUACAAUAUUUCCAAUGUCUACAACAGCAGAAACAAAAUCUUCCUCUCAUUCCUCAAAUGGUGGCAAUGAAAUAAUGAAGGACAUAGUACUAUGGAGGAGGAAGAAAUUAAGUACAAGUAUUUUAGUUGCGGCAACAGCAACAUGGGUGUUGAUGGAACUAUAUCAAUUUAAUUUCCUCACUCUCAUCUCAUGGUUCAUCAUAUUUGUUGUUUCUUCAAUAUUUCUCUAUGCCAAUAUGCUUAGACUUUUGAGCAAGGAACCACAAAACUGGUUGAGGGUGGAAUUGAAAGAAGAAACAACUCUAAGAAUGGCAAAGAAAGUUAGAGCAUGGAUUGAAGAAUCAAUAAGGUGGUUGAUCAUGGUGAGCACAAAGGAAGAUUUGCCUGUGUUUGUGGGAGUUGUGGCUAGUUUGUUGACACUCUCUUAUGUAGGAGCCUGUAUGGACUUCCUAACAUUCAUUUAUAUAGGUAUAUUGGGUGGUAUGACACUUCCCAUAACAUAUAUGAAAAACGAGGACAGGAUCAAGAGAUGCAGGGAGUGGUUGAGGGAGAAAUACAAGAGAUGUUAUGAGAUUAUAGAUGAGAAUAAGGCCAUUAAGAAGAUCAAAAGCAGAAUAGUGAUGAAUGAGAAGGAAAAGGAGAAGAAAAUAGAGUGAUUUUGAUUUUGUAUAGCUAGCUAGGAGCUUGUAUAAAAUAGUAUUUAAGCAAGGUUAUGUAAUAAGUUAUUAUGACAUUAGUAUGUGUUAUAGUUUGUUAUUCAAAAAUAUUUGUUAUAGUUGGUUAUUAAUUAAUAUA